AAGCUUGAGCGUUGAGUAUGAGUCAUAACCUCUCUUCUGCUACUGACUCACUUGGGAGUUUGAGGGUCGCCUGUUAGUUUUUGUUGGCGGGGGGGGGAGGGGGGGGGGGCAGGCGCUUUAUUACUCGGCGAGAGAGCUGGCAGAUGUCCCAAGUGAGAGAACCUCUUCCUCCGGGGCCUGAAGGGCCAGAGCAAGCUCCGACUGAAAACAGCUCUUUGAUCUCUCUCCCUCGAGAAAAAACUGACCAAGAGAAUACUGCGGCAGGAGAUAAAGACAUACAACUGCCUUCCAGUAACCAAAGUAUACAGCCAGAGAUACAAGACCAGUCUGUCUGGGGAAAUCGCACUGAUGGUGACCUCAUCAGAACACAACCUCAACGUUUGCCUCAGCCGAAUACUUCAGCACUGGAAAGGGGUGAGGAAGAAAGUGGCAAAAUCCAAAACGGCCACGCGGGUCUGAGUAAUGGAAGUGGAAUUCACAACGGGGUCAAGCACGUGCCUGCAGACAACAGAAAACUUUCAGCUCCUGUUUCAGAAAAAAUGCACAGAAAAAUUCAGUCCACCUUGUCUGUCAACAGCAACAGCAGCAAGAAGAGUAAAAUAAGCUCUGUGUUUUCUCAAAAGCCAGGUACUUCACCUGAAGAUUGCUGUGUUCACUGUAUCCUGGCUUGCUUGUUCUGUGAAUUUCUCACCCUCUGUAACAUUGUUCUGGGACAAGCAUCCUGUGGCAUCUGCACAUCGGAGGCCUGCUGCUGCUGCUGUGGGGACGAGAUGGGGGAUGACUGUAACUGCCCCUGCGAUAUGGACUGUGGCAUAAUGGACGCAUGUUGUGAAUCUUCAGAUUGCUUGGAGAUCUGCAUGGAAUGCUGUGGGAUCUGCUUCCCAUCAUGAAAUAUUUAUCCCUUUUUAUUUUAUUCUCUAUAAAACUGGAGAGCUUUUUUAAAAUGCAUUUGAAGACAGACAAGGUAAGAUUUUCACGCAGCCAACUGGUAUUGCACUGUUAAUUCCCUAUGUAUAUGGUUUUUUUAAAAGCAAUACUCAAAUCUGUAUUCUAACACAAAUUGUAUAGUUUUGUAUGUGAAACUCAAGCUACAUUCCAGGUUCUUUUUGGCUUUGCAAAUGAAAGACUUUAUUGAAACCGAAUUAUAGGUCUGAUACUGCAGGCUGCAUGAGGGCGUGAUUGUCAUUUGAACUGAGUGACAGGUUUUGGUCAGAGAAGAAACUACAGGGCAAAGCCUUAAGAAUUUGCCUUUACCAACUUUAGUGUUGGAAUGCUCAAAUGCGUUCAUGUGUAACAUGCCUUUACAGGCAUUCUGAAAAGCAAAAUGUCUUUAUUUCAAUCUCUUUGGAGUAAAAGCAACUUUGGUCUAUUAUUUUAAACUUAAUUCAAAGUCAGUGUCAGGAAUCUACUGUUGGUUUUGUUACAGUGGUCACAUUGGCAAUAUUUCUUUUAUUCUCAAUAUCUCCUUGGUUUGAGAGAGAUUCCUGGUAUUUUCCAUUUUCAGUAUUGAUACUGUGGGAAUAUUUGGCAAACUAAAGUCAAUGUAAGUUUUGCCAUGGACCACAGUACCAAGAUUUUGUUGUUAUCAAUCAAGAGAGAAUAGAGAACUUACAUUUUACUUCAGUACUAAUAUUACUUGAAAUGCUUUUUUUUAGAAAGAGACUUUGGAAAUCUGUGUAGACAUGAAAUGUAUCAUUAGACUAACAAACUAAUAGGCUAACAAAUCUUCACAAAUUGGCUAUAAAAGGGAAAUUAUCAGAAGUUAAUUCAAGAAUCUAAACCUAUACGUUAGUGGCCUUGUCAGUGUUUCUGGUUUUACAGCCAGUAUCACAUAGCUUAGGAUUUAUUUCUUCACUGUGUGAGAGAGAUCCACAGAGGAUGGCAGAAUUUAAACAGGGUAUAAAGACCAAAUCAAAAAUGGCUUCAUCAAGGAAUUCUGUCAUUGAAUGCAAAAAGCAAAUGCAAAGGUGUUUAUUCUCAGAUAAAUUUUAAGUGUUAUUUUUAAAUAGCAGUGUAAAAAAAAAAAAAAACAAACCAAAAAACCCCCCAAACAUUUAAAAAACAUAUGAUAUUCUUUAAAAAUCAUUAGAAUCUGGUGGGCAACUUUUUCCCUGUUACACCGUUAAGGUUUCUGUAAUUGUGAAAUGAAUUUGGUCCUACAUAUAAAGAGGUUUAUGGCAUUCCCAGAUUUAGGGAGUAAUGGUACCCAUUUUCUUUACCAUCUGCUAAUUUCUCCCCUCCAUGUCUGUAGCUCAUUAACUUUUCUUGUAAACCACCUACAUGUUUUGAUCUCGCAUAUUUAAACUUUCCUAUCUACACUCCAAAUUUCCCAUUUGUAGAUUGUUUGAUCUCGUAAAUUUAGGUCUUGUUACAAGAGUCAUUGAUAGCCAAUAGCAUAUUUGUAUUGAGUGAAUUGACCGCAAACGUCUCUUUCCACUGUAGCGAGUUCAAUUUAUGCAAAUGUGACAAGCUAAAGAUCACAGGAUUGUGAAGCUAAGUCAACAAAUGGUCUGAUGUUAACCAAAGCUUCUCCCUGUGAACACUGACUAGUAGUGCCUACUACUGCAAGUUAUCACUGAAGGUAACAUAGCCAAAUACUCAACUAUACUAUUGAGCUGGGAGGUAUUACUUUUUGCCUUAAUAUCUGCAGUAUUGUGGUGUAUUCUGAUGCAGCACAGAUUUACUCAGAGGGUUUCUUACCUGUUUUUGAUAGUUACUACAAGAAUUGAUUCUUAUAGGGGGGGAGGGGGUAUGUCCAUAUAUUGGCCAGAUUCAGAUCUGUGUUGCAUAAACUAAGUGCAUUUCCAUUAUGUCAGAAUUUUCUGUUGGUUUAGCUCCAGCUAGAGAGCACAAAGAUAUUAUGGUAAUAGGCAAGCUAAUAAGGAAUCGUAUAGUUAAAUUGAUAAAUUCCCCAAGCUCAGAAUCAGGCCCAUGGGGCUCAAUUAUGACUCCUAAAAGUAUGAACCACAUUGGGAAGGGGAAAGAGGUGCCUUGGUUGAGUGGCAGUGCCUGGAGGCAUUUUGCCUUUGUAAGGCAUAAUGCCUCUGGGGGAAACUGGGGGCAUCACAGUGAGCACUGGGACUAGAUGCACCUUGGAAAAACUCUAGACAGUGCUUCGCCCAUUGUAGGUCUAUGGUUGGCACCCUGCUGGUGGGGACAUGCUCUCUGGGGCUAGGCAGCACCAUGAACUGUCCUUACUCAUGUUCUUCUGGUCAUAGAGAGGUGACUUGUGGCUGUUUCUUGUCUGAUUGCGCUUUUGGGACAGGCAAGAGGACUUCCAGUCUCCUGUCCUACCCUGCUGGAGCACUUCCAGUUUUGUGUUUGGAAAACUGCACAUUAGCAUAUCAAGCUUUUAGCAAAUACUGGAUGUUAGUAAUAAUCCCUUUUACCACAGGAUGAUAUAGUUUAAAAAGAAAAGAAAAUGCCAACUUAAUGAAUCCAUUAUCUGUGUAAAAGUUUAUUUGUACAGUUUGCUCUGCGUAAACCCUUGUUUCUACUUACAGAAACUCAGAGGUUUUCUUGAUUUACUGAAAUUAUGAAAACCUGGGAACUGUAUUUACUGCUAAGUCUUUACUUCCAGUACUGUUAAAAUACAAAUAAUAAUUACAAGAACUCUGUUCAUGCAUACAUGCGUAUGUGUAGAGACUGUCUCACACACAUCCACACAUAUGCAGAUAUUUCUUUUCUCACUUCACUUGUGAAAUACUAGGAAGUGAAAAUAGCGUUUAUUAACCCUCAUAGUGAUUAGUAUCAAAGUAUAACAGACAAUUGAAAAAAAUAAGUGUGUGAUUUGUUUGACAUUUAAAUGUAAUCUGCUACUGUUUGUCAUAGAGAGAUAUUAGCACUUUCAUAAAAUGUAUCUUCGUGGCAGAGAAUAUUAGUAUGUAGUUUAAGGAAUUCCUUUCUAUAUUUAUAUUCUUAAAUUCUGUUUUGUAAUUUUCACUCUAUAGGCAAUCUUGUAAGCACCUUGUGUAAUUAAAACAAGCAGAAUUAGAAGGAGACAAAUGUGAAAAUAUAGUUUAAAUAAAAUUAAAACAUCAGAACUUAACCGUCUAUUUUAUAGUAGUUCCUGUGAACUUGUACAGUGUUUCAGUAUAUAGUUCUGCAAACUGGCCCAUUUGAAAAAAUAGUAACUUGCUGUUUGUAUUUUAUAUUAACUAGAUGUGCUAUUCUCAAACACUAUUUUGAAAUAAAGAUCUUUAUUUUGAAA